AUGGCGUCCUUCGCCCCCGGGUUCCGGAGGUUAUUCCUCCAGGCCUCGGCCUCGGCGCCCUCCAAGUUCUUCGUCUGCAACCAGUGCCUCCGGGGAGCUGCCCCGCGGACCAUGCCCUCCCGCAUCCUCAACCUCGUCCGGUCUCGCUCCUACGCCGAUGCUGCCCUCCGCAAGCCUCUGGGCACCGUCGCCGAGCAGGUCUCUGCCGCCGCCCCCUCCGUCUCGCAAGCUGCCAAGAAGGCAUGGCCUGAGACCACACACAAGAGUGUUGGUUACUGGCUCAUUGGCAGCGCUGUUAGUGUCUUUGGUAUCGUCGUCUUUGGUGGCCUGACAAGAUUGACCGAGUCUGGCCUGAGCAUCACUGAAUGGAAACCCGUCACCGGUUCGCUCCCCCCCAUGUCCCAAGCCGACUGGGAGUCCGAGUUCGAAAAGUACCGCGCCUCGCCCGAGUUCAAGCUCCUCAACCCUCAUAUGGACCUCGAAGAAUUCAAAAAGAUCUACUUUAUGGAGUGGUUCCAUCGUGUCUGGGGCCGCUUCAUCGGCAUGUCUUUCGUCCUACCCACCGUCUACUUCAUCGCUCGCCGCAAGGUCACCCCCAGGAUGGCCUUUAACCUCGCUGGAAUCUCUGCUCUCAUCGGUUUCCAGGGCAUUAUCGGCUGGUGGAUGGUCAAGUCUGGCCUCAAGGAUGACCUGUUUGCUCCCGGAUCUCACCCCCGUGUCUCUCAGUACCGCCUGACCACCCAUCUUGCGACCGCUUUUAUCUGCUACUCUUGGAUGCUCCUCUCUGGUCUCUUUGUCCUGCGCAAUAACGUCUGGAUGGCCAACCCCGAGGCUGGUAUGAAGGCUAUCAAGGCCAUGUCCAACCCCGGUCUUCGCAACUUCCGCCGUGCUGUCUUCGCCGUCGCCGCUCUGACUUUCAUCACCGCCAUGUCCGGUGGCCUUGUCGCCGGUCUCGACGCUGGCCUCAUCUACAACGAGUUCCCCAAGAUGGGUCUGGGUCUGUUCCCCCCCAAGAAGGAGCUCUGGGACAAGUUCUACUCGCGCAAGGAGGACCACUCUGACCUCUGGUGGCGCAACAUGCUCGAGAACCCCAGCACCGUCCAGAUGAACCACCGCAUCCUCGCCGUGUCCACCUUCUGCUCCAUCGUCAGCCUGUUCAUCUUUGCGCGCACGAGGCGCAUAAAACCCAUACUUCCGCGGAACUGCAAGCGUGGUUCCACCGGCCUGCUCCACAUCGUCUCGUUCCAGGUCGCUCUCGGCAUCAGCACACUCAUCUACAUGGUCCCCAUCUCCCUGGCCGCCGCUCACCAGGCCGGCAGCUUGGGUGUCCUGACCGUUGCCCUCAUGUUGGCGUACAGGCUGCACGUCCCCAAGCCCACCCUCCGUCUGCUCGAGCAGCGGCUGAAGCAGAUGCAGCUGCGCAAGUAA